AUGUCUUUCGUCUCCUCUAAUCGCUUCGUAGCAGUCAUUCUCGUCAUUGGGCUCGCAACGGUUUGUUACUCAGUCCCCGGUCUUCUACAACAAGUCAAAGAUGCUGCACGAGCACCCGAACCCGAUCCCCCGCCGCCACGCAAACGCCUUCAAAAGGAUUCUGAGAACUCUUUAAAGAUCGGAACUCUACGUACUCUAGCGGAUGGAUACAAUUACGAGCUGCGUACCUCGGCGUUGAAGAUCGUGAACAGUCGUACCGUUCAUUCUCGAGCCAAGGACCUUUUACUCCGCGACUUGGCCAGCAAGGACUACGAGCGGCGCGACAAAGCGAUCAACGCGUUACUGUUGUUGCUGAAACAGCAGCAUACCCACAGUAGGAGGAGCAGCCUGCUCGCGGAGUUUGAUAUCUCCAAACGCCUCAAGGCUACCGUGCAGGCCUUGAUCAACGUCUUGCCGUUGCACGAACCCCUCGGCCAUGAGGAAAAGGGUCUCCCACAGUCGCCUAUCUUACCUCCGAGUCGACCGGCUCAGGAAGAGUCGUUACUGGUGAUCUUGAAUUAUAUGCUCACAGAAGAGACCUCUGGAAACGUGAUGGACGAACCGCCCAUCUACAGCGCACUCGCGGCAGGACUCGUCACGAAGUGGUUGGUAAAAUACCCUUUUCCGUGUGCUCUGCCAGAGAACCAGGGGUACAACUUCAAGCGUUCGGACGUUGCGCGGCUCUUCGAGCGCUCUGCAUGGAAGAGCGAUGAUCACCUCAUGGCUGGCAUUAUCUUCCAGGUUGUCCACCAUCCACGGGGCCGCAAGCAGAUGCGCGAAGCCGGUCUGCAGGCGAGCAGCUACAGGGAGAAUCUAGCUAAUGAUAGCUGGAACAAUGCUUGGGUCACCGAGCGCUGGGAUCAAGAUGAUAGUGAUGACGACGACGACGUUGUCAUGGUUGGAGGGGAGGACACUGCGGGCCAAGUCAGAGACGACGUGACGGACUGGGACGGUACGGUACUCCCAAUUUCAUCGGCUACAAGGCAACGGUCAGUGGAAAGAAGUCUGGAAGAAGAGCACCUGAGACGAAGACAUCGAGAGGCAAUCGUCGUCGCCGAGCGAGGUACUCCCUUGAGUAGAGAGAAUAUCCUGCAACGCGCCGACAGUAGGGUUCUCAGGCCUAUGAACGGCGUGAGUGAGGUUGAGGGAGACUUGAAUGGUUUGUUGGGCCUGUCUGCGAAUAAUGACAGCGAUGGUUCAGUGAGCCCUCAGGAAUCGCGCUCGGAGUCUCAUGGUUUCCUGCCGACUAGAGCAUCCGCCAACGAUGCCACAUCAGACAAUUCAACCCCGGACGAUUGA